AUGUGUAUAAUAGCUCAAGCGAACAAACAAACAGCAUUCAUUCGUUUUGGUCCUCAGAAUUAUCAGCAACAUUCAUCAGCAGCAUUCAUCAGCAGCAUUCAUCAGCAGCAUUCAUCAGCAUUCAUCUUCAGCAUUCAUCUUGGUCCUCAUCAUCAUCAUCAUGAGCAUCCUCACCGGCAUCCUCACUGGCAUUCGUCUUGGUCCUCAGCGUUAUCAUCCUCAGCAUUCAUCUUGGUCCUCAUCAUCAUUAGGAUUCAUCUUGGUCCUCAUCAUCAUCAUGAGCAUCCUCACCGGCAUUCGUCUUGGUCUUAA